AUGGAUCCGUUGCUGCAGGAGUCUGUCCAGGAGAAGGGAGGAAGCAUUGUACGGAAAGUGGGAUCUUUUCUGAAAAUGGCAAGUUACUAUGACAUUGAUGAUAUUCUUGUGGAGGAACAGCGUGUCCCACUUGUUUUCCAGCAAGCAGUAAAUGGGGUUGAUAUUGAUCCUAGUGCUGAAACCCAUUGUGUUGAACCCGGUUCAAAGGUAGAGCUGCCUUACUGGCUUGCCCAUGAGUUACACCUCAGAAAAGUAGCAAAGAUGAAGGUUCCUGCAUGUUUCAAUCAAAGGGCUGAGUUGCAGGGAGAUUCAUUCUGGCAAGUGGUCAUUGAUUUUCAGUUAUUUCCGUCUUUGAAAUCUGAUAUCCAGACAUUUCUUCUCUGCAUUUCUUCCUUUGUCAGAACAAAACUGGAACUUGGGGCUGAUGGUGCAUCUGUGGAUUUAAGAUCUCGAUGUCUAUACUUCUAUGAAUUUGGAUGCAAGAUAGCACCGCUGUGA